ACUCAUCAUCUCAGCCUGGAUUUCACAGCCUGCGCAGCGCUGCUGACUGACUCCCUGACUGCCUGCAGGAGUUUACAGACUGAGACACACCCUGCACUUUCUAAACGGCUCCUCCUGCCCGAGCUCACACACAGAGAGCCCGCUCCUCCAACAGCGCCCUGCUGCAGCUGUUUCAGCGUCUCUUCUUACUUACGGACACCAAACAAGGCGCUUAAAGUCUGCUUUUUCACUGCAGCAUGACUUCAUACCUGUGGAUUUUAGUCUUGGCAAGUCUCGCGGGAACGUGGGCACAAGAUCUUGAUCUUUCAGAUGCUUUAGACCUUGAUCCGGUGGCUCCAACUAAACCAGCCCAAAAGCCUCCCAAGGCCGGAGGAGAUGAACUUGAUCUUUCUGAUGCGCUUGGUCCAGACACACCAAAUGAGCCAAAGAAGCCUGCAGGAAACCCAUCCAAAACUGGAGGUGAUUUCGACAUCUUGGAUGCCUUGGACCCAAAGAAACCAGCUGGAGAUCCAAAGAAACCAGUAGCUCCACCCAAAGAUGGAGGGGGUGGAUUCAGUGAUUCAGACUUGAGUGAUGUGGCUGGUAAUGAUUACAAGCCUGAUGCCGGCCGAGGGGGUCAUGGAGGGCGUGCUGCUGACUCUUCCUACGACUCCAGUGGUGGUGAUGGAGGAGCUCAAGACCUAGACCAGCAGUGGCUGAAGCUCCUGAAGUUGCUAGGAGAUAACAUUCCAGAAGGCCUCCAUGCCUGGAUUGCCAACUCUAAACAAGUAGUAAUGUCCCUUCUAGAAAGGGUGCUGGAACUCCUGGAUCUAGCAGAGCAAGAGAACCAGUCCUAAAUGACUUGUUGAUCACUGUUUUUUUCCUUUUUCGGCUAGAUGUUAAGCUAUUUCCCAUGUUUGGUUACUGUAGGUGGCAGGUUGGUUUGGCUUGGUGGUGUAAACGUUGAUGGUAUUUCUUAUUUUACUCUGUUUACAAAGUAGCUCUGUUGUCUAGCUAAGAUGCUAACUGCACAUGCUAGUGCAUUUGUGGUAUGAGGUCAUUUUGUUUUCUUAUUUGAUUUAUGAAGGGUGUGAGAUGUUACUUUAAGCUUUUUUAACUAGUAAGUUAUCUUUUAUAUGAAUUUGAUAGCAGAUUGUCUAGACCCCUCUCACCAAAUGGGCUUAUUUCACCAACUGUUCCUAAGAAGAAAUGUGUUCUUAAAACCCACUUAUGCAGUUUUCACAAAGAUUCUGACAUUCGCCAAUGUUUUCUUAUUUGGGAUUUGUUCUUAGGUAAGAAACAGAAUCCACACACCCUCAAGAGCACAAAGGUGUGAACAAUUCUGCGGUUUAAAAACGUCAUGAAUCUGACAUAGACUUUUUCUUAGGACCUUUAUCAAGAACAAAUUAAAGAGAAAAACUUAGGAAGACAUUGAUGAAUGAGGUCCAUCCUCGUCCUCUUCCCACCCUUUUCUUAUCCAUUUCCUCUUUCUUUAUUUCCUUUCUUCUCAUUUCCGUAUAGUUUUAUCAUCAGUAAAGUGAACUGCUUUUACGUCCUGAGCACAACAGAUAUCUGCUAACAAUGUGCUAGGGCUGUUGUUCCAGUGCCGUUGGUGUCGCAUUUAGGCAGAACCAGUUUCUCCUCUGUGGUUUUAUGGUAUGGAGUUUUCCCCCUGGGGCACUGUUGGAACAUUCCUCUCCCAAAUUCACUGCUGUUUGCUCUGCCCUCUUCCUCAGUGCUACAGCAUUUCCUUACUUUUUCCGCAGCACGGUUUCUGUUCAGACAUAAACGGCUUAGGUCGCUAACAUUGCUAACAAUAGUCUUCUGUGGUACAUUACCUUAGAGCAUGAUUGAGGGCUGAAGUCUGUGUUUUUUGUCUUAUAUUGUCUUCUGGGCAGGUUUUUGUCCUCUUUUUUUUAUCUCUCUCCUGUUCUGUGUUUGUGCUAAAUGUGCUUACAAAUGUGGAGAGGUCAGCAACUUCGAGCUUUUUUGUUGGCCUGAAACACAAUUGCUAUAAACAUCAUCUUUUUUAGUAAUAAUCUUUUCAGUCAUACAAUUACCUCAGAGAAUGAGGACUGAAGUGUUCUUGGAUAUUUUUGCGUUCUUGUUAUCUCUGUUAUCUCUGUCCCUGGUUAGUUAAUUAACUCUUUCUUUAGCCAGCAUGCUAGCAUGCAGCCUAUAAAAAGCUAAUCCGUUACCCUCAACUGCUAAUUUUCUAACACCACUAACAUUGGCCUUUACUUGUGUACUGCAAAUAUAACUAUAUCAGAGCAUGAUGUAGGUUUUAGUGUGCUUCAUAUAAGCAUGGCUUGUCUUCUUGUUACCUUUUUUAGUAUAUAUGUAACCCUGUUUAAACAGUGUCCACUAGCAGUGUGCUAACUCAAAACUCUUAAGAGGCUCUUUAGUGUCUCUCACUUCUAAGCUUUGUUUGCUUCAGUUGCUAUCAGAUUGCUAACAUCGCUAACAGUCUUACUUACAUAAUUACCUCAGAAUGGUUUAGGUGAAGCUUGCGCCAUAAGCAUGUUUUUGGCUUUGUUUUGUCUUUUUAGCGUAGCUCUAUCCCUGUUUAGUGUUUCUUUGUGUUUGGUGUUCAUGCUUAUGUCUCCUUGUUGUAUGCUAACUCAAAGCUCCUGAGAGGCCACUCAGUUUUGAGUUUGUUUUGUUUACUUGUAACCUCUUCAAUUGCUAACAGAUUGCUAACAUCGCUAACAGUGGUCUUCUAACUUUUAGAAUGACCUCAAAGCAUGGAUUAGGGUCAGAAUUUGCUUCAUGUAGGCAUGUGGGGUCUUCUUUUUGGGGAUCUUUUUUGCAUGUCUAUCCCUGUUUAGUCAAAACUGUUUCUGUACUUCCUGUCUUUAUGCUAAAAGUGUCUCCUGGUAGUUUUCUUACUCAGAGCUCUUGAGAGGCUAGUAUUCUGCGCUGUUUUUUUAGCCCUGAGACAUGUCUUGUCAUAACAAGCUUACCUUCAGUCUAUAACUGACACUCGGGUAGGCCUGAGAGAGUCCAUGCCAGAACACAUACCAUGCAUUCAGCCCACACAUAGCAUGCGUUCAGCCCGCAGGGAAGAGGAGAGAUCAAACUGAGCCAGAGAGAAAUGAAGUCUGCAUGUGUUCCUCAAUUCCAGUGGAAGCCUGCUUAUUUUUGGAGAUGAGAGAGAAGUUUUAUUUGAGAGGGGGUCUUUAUGUUUCUGCUGUGUUCGAUGUUUACAAUAUUUGGCUUUUGGGAUACUAUUUUGUUUUGAAUGGACAGUAUUGUAUUCUCUGUUUGUUGUUGACAUUGGUGUUUUUUUUUUUCA